AUGCAGGCAGAACCUAUGACUUCUUCACACACACCAUCAAUAGACGCCGACAGACAUCGAUUUCCGUAUUGCAUCGUGUGGACCCCGAUACCGGUAUUAACAUGGCUGUUUCCGUUCAUUGGCCACAUGGGGAUCGCCAACAGUCGAGGGAUCAUCCGUGAUUUUGCAGGUCCCUAUUUCGUCAGCGAAGAUGCGAUGGGAUUUGGUUGGCCUACACGAUUUUGGGUGCUGCAAGAAAGUGAUGUAGUAGGCGGAUCGGACAACUACGAUCGGGCUAUACGGGAAGCGUCAGAUGUUUACAAAGGACGAAUGCACAAUUUAUGCUGCGACAACUGUCAUUCACAUGUGGCUUUGGCGCUGAAUACGAUGCAAUAUCGUGGCAGCACGAGUUGGAAUAUGGUCAACCUGUGCUUUUUCAUGCUUAUCAAAGGCAGAUUUGUCAGUCUGUCCGGAUUUCUGAAGCAAUUCCUGCCAACGGCCAUUAUUUUGUCGAUUGUGCUGGCGUUCGUCUUCUGGCUGCAA